AUGCUUUUUUCUGGUUCCCUUUCAUUGCCAUCAGCUCCUAGUUUUAAUGUGUCUUCGAUGGACAUAUCCGAUAACGAAUUACGUGGUCCGAUCCCGAUUGAUAUAUGUUCGACUUUCCCGAAUUUGAGACGGUUGUUCAUAUCCAAGAAUGCCAUUGAAGGUGGUAUCCCUCCUUGUUUGAGUGACUUGAAGAAUUUAUCAGUUUUGGAUUUGUCAAACAAUCAGUUGGCUGGGAGAGUGCCAGAAGAGUUGAUCAUGAAGAAUUCGAUGAGGAUUCUGAGAUUAUCGAAUAAUAAUCUCACUGGAAAUGUAGUUCAUGCAAUUCUCAACGCCAAUGGAUUGAAGAAAUUGUAUUUGGAUGGGAAUAAUUUAUCUAGUGAGAUGAAAGAUACUGUUGUUUCUACUUUUGACUUCAUGACUUCAUUAGUGGAAAUUGAUCUCAGUAACAACAGGUUGUAUGGAAAGCUUCCAAGAUGGAUAGGGAAUGUGUCGUCUUUGUCGAGAUUAGCUUUGUCGAACAACAGCUUUGACGGUUCGAUUCCGAUCAAAUCCUGCAACUUGAAUGAAUUGGAGUUUCUGGAGCUUUCUCAGAACAAUUUCUCUGGUUCAUUGCCAUCCUGUUUGAAUCCCCUGAGCAUAAAGCACGUCCACCUGCAUGAAAAUAUAAUAAGUGGUCCACUGUCACUUGAUUUUUGUAACAGUGAUUCGUUAGUGACAUUAGAUCUUAGAGGAAACAAUUUAACCGGAAGUAUUCCGAUAUUGAUUAGUACACUUUCUUCCUUAAGUGUUCUUCUCUUGACAGCUAAUCGACUACACGGCCGGAUUCCGGUUGAGUUAUGCGAGUUGCAGUCCUUAAGCAUCGUGGAUCUUUCUCAAAACAUGUUUUCUGUAAGGUUAACCGGUCGAAUUCCGCCUGAAUUCGGAAACUUGACCCAAAUCCAUUCUUUGAACUUGUCACACAAUGACUUGAUCAGAGUUAUUCCGUCGUCAUUCUCCAAACUUAAGCAACUUGAUAGUUUAGACCUUUCUUACAACAUGGCUGGUAAAAUCCCAAACCAGUUGGUAGAGUUGGACUCUUUGGAGCUUUUCAGUGUGGCACACAACAACUUGUCGGGUAGUAUUCCGGAACAGAAAGCUCAACUCGGGACCUUCUAUGAAAGCAGUUACGAGGGGAACCCUUUUCUCUGUGGGCCUAUGAUACAUAAAAGUUGCUCGAAAAUCGAUCUGCCAUCGACCGUACCGACUGCAUCAAACGAUGAAGAAGAAGAUAGCUUGCUAGACUUUUAUGUUGUUGACGACUUUUGUUGUGCUCCACAUCAAUCCAUAUUGGCGAGGACUUUGGUUUUCUUUCGUCGAGACGUGCUUCACCGCCUGUCGGUACUCGACCGUCGGCAAUUUCCUUACGAAUUACAUCUGCAGGAGGUGUGUGCAACUGUCACGAAGAUUUGA